UGAUGGUGAAUAAUUGAGAGGGUAAGGCCGGACAAACUACACAGCGUUUCAGGAAGAGAAAGAGAGAGCUAGACAGAGAGAAAACAACCUUUUCAAAGGCAUUUAACUACAUGGUUUAACUUAGUCAACAGUUGUUUUGCUAAAAAGCUAAAGUUGAGUGCGUUUGCAAACACACUCAGUCAUGGAUGGUGACGUGGAUGAAGAUGAUGGGACUUUUACUAAUAUCUCACUAGCUGAUGAUUCAGCUGACGGAGAAACGACAGUUCUUCGCUUCAGACCAGAGGACCAAAGCAGCACCAUGAACUGUGAGAUUGAUGGUAAAUAUCACCCACAGUUUGGAGAUAUGGAGAAUCAAGUUGAGCAGGAGGAGAAGACGAGACUUAUAAACCAAGUGUUGGAGCUUCAGCACACACUUGAAGAUCUCUCUGCGCGUGUGGACGCAGUGAAAGAGGAGAACCUUAAGCUCAAAUCGGAGAACCAGGUUCUCGGGCAGUACAUAGAGAACCUCAUGUCCGCCUCCAGUGUGUUUCAGACCACCGACACUAAAAGCAAACGGAAAUAAGUGAACGUGUGGAUCGCAUAAUCCGUCAUGUCCUCCUUCCGGCAUUCAAGCUACUAGCCCAUACAUAUAAGCCGCUGUUUGUUUUGUAUUUAUUUUGUUGUAUAGAAUUUCCUGAUGCAUCUACACGCAUGGUUUGGGUAAUACUUGAAUGGACUCUCAGCCGCUGCCUCUCCCUGUCAGCUAACUGUGUUACAAGAUAUAAAAGGAUGCAUGAUGCAGUUUGUGAUCAGAUACUUACAGUACCACUCCUGUAAUUCAUUUAGCAAGUACAUAACCAAUCUCAGACCCUCUCGACCUUUUUAAAUACAAGACAGCCAACGUCUGGUUUGGAAGAGGUCUUUUAAAAAUACUUUUUUGGCCUUCCAAGAUUAACUUUUACAGUACAGACUGAACAAAGAUAUGUUCCCUUGAAAGUGCAUGACAUCUCAUAACCCAUAACUAAAGUGCAUGAUCUAAAAGGUUAAGGAUGGAUCUAAAUUAGCACACUUGGCAUGUGACUUUUCUAGUUUGAACCAAGUUUAUUGCCAGUUAUCUCAACAAAGGUUGCUCAGCUGGUGCAGAAAGUAUGCCGUUUCUGUAAUUUACUGACCCAUUGGUUUAAAUGAAGUACUUCCUCGGUAUGUUACACUAUAAGAGGCCUUUGAUUCACCGAAUGACAUUUACUCACUUUCAUACUUGGAUUUAUCUUAAAAGGUCUGACUUGUGCACAAACCCGACAUCUCUUGAGCAGGAUCAAUAGAUUGAAACCUGCUCGUAGUGUAAACCGCAGCAUUGUGUUGGAGAGUUUGCUGUUCAUGGUCGUGUCCUUUGGAUUGAGGGACUUAAAAUGGAUGAAAUAAAUGGAUUUUAGCUUUUACUGCUUUCAAUGACUGAAGUGAGGUUGGGUCUGCUGAGUGAUAUUGAUCUGAUUGCUCCAAAGCGUCUGCUUGAGCGGCAUUUAUGAGGACGGAUGCUCUGCUCUUCGCUCGGAGUUUGCUGAUGUGAAAUUUCACUUACUAUGAAUUAUUGACAUGACACUGAAGCAUCUGCCACUACAUACCCAAGCUGUUUAAUAUUAUUUUUGUGAAACUUUUCAUUCAUGUAAUUUAUGUUCGCGAGCACCCGAUGUAAAGUACUGCCUGUUCUCAAAGUGUACAUUUUAUUUUGUUACAAUUAUGCCUUUAAUAAAAUACUUUGCCUUUGCACAAACAA